AGAAGUGACCAUUCAACAGAUGACAGGAACUUUUCUUGAAAAGCUUGCUGUACGGAGUAACCUGGAUUGUCUUUUUCACCCAAUCUUUAAAAAGCGUAUUGCUAAAAGUAGCAAUGGAGUGGAGGAUUAUUGUACUUGUUCUUCUGUGUCUAACUGCAGCAACAACAUCUGCAACAGUUACGAAUGAAACUGCAACUCCAGUUACGGAUCAAAAUGCAACUAUAGUUACGAAUGAAACUGCAACUCCAGUUACGGAUCAAAAUGCAACUAUAGUUACGAAUGAAACUGCAACUCCAGUUACGGAUCAAAAUGCAACUAUAGUUACGAAUGAAACUGCAACUCCAGUUGUGAAUCAAAAUGCAACUAUAGUUACAAAUGAAACUGCAACUCCAGUUGUGAAUCAAACUGCAACUCCAGUUACGAAUGAAACUGCAACUCCAGUUGUGAACCAAACUGCAACUAUAGUUACAAAUGAAACUGCAAUUCCAGUUGUGAAUCAAAAUGCAACUAUAGUUACGAAUGAAACUGCAACUCCAGUUGUGAAUCAAAAUGCAACUAUAGUUACGAAUGAAACUGCAACUCCAGUUGUGAACCAAAAUGCAACUAUAGUUACGAAUGAAACUGCAAUUCCAGUUGUGAAUCAAAAUGCAACUAUAGUUACGAAUGAAACUGCAACUCCAGUUGUGAAUCAAAAUGCAACUAUAGUUACGAAUGAAACUGCAACUCCAGUUGUGAAUCAAACUGCAACUCCAGUUACGAAUGAAACUGCAACUCCAGUUGUGAACCAAAAUGCAACUAUAGUUACGAAUGAAACUGCAACUCCAGUUGUGAACCAAAAUGCAACUAUAGUUACGAAUGAAACUGCAACUCCAGUUGUGAAUCAAAAUGCAACUAUAGUUACGAAUGAAACUGCAACUCCAGUUGUGAAUCAAAAUGCAACUAUAGUUACGAAUGAAACUGCAACUCCAGUUGUGAAUCAAACUGCAACUCCAGUUACGAAUGAAACUGCAACUCCAGUUGUGAAUCAAACUGCAACUCCAGUUACGAAUGAAACUGCAACUCCAGUUGUGAAUCAAAAUGCAACUAUAGUUACGAAUGAAACUGCAACUCCAGUUGUGAAUCAAACUGCAACUCCAGUUACGAAUGAAACUGCAACUCCAGUUGUGAAUCAAAAUGCAACUAUAGUUACAAAUGAAACUGCAACUCCAGUUGUGAAUCAAAAUGCAACUAUAGUUACGAAUGAAACUGCAACUCCAGUUGUGAAUCAAAAUGCAACUAUAGUUACGAAUGAAACUGCAACUCCAGUUGUGAAUCAAACUGCAACUCCAGUUACGAAUGAAACUGCAACUCCAGUUGUGAAUCAAAAUGCAACUAUAGUUACGAAUGAAACUGCAACUCCAGUUGUGAAUCAAAAUGCAACUAUAGUUACAAAUGAAACUGCAACUCCAGUUGUGAAUCAAAAUGCAACUAUAGUUACGAAUGAAACUGCAACUCCAGUUGUGAAUCAAACUGCAACUAUAGUUACAAAUGAAACUGCAACUCCAGUUACGAAUGAAACUGCAACUCCAGUUAAGAAUGAAACUGCAACUCCAGUUGUGAAUCAAACUGCAACUCCAGUUAAGAAUGAAACUGCAACUCCAGUUACGAAUGAAACUGCAACUCCAGUUACGAGUCAAACUGCAACUCCAGUGACGACAGUCUCCACACCUGCUAAAGUUGCACAGAUUAAUUUAGGCUUCAGUAUUGUUCAAGACUUCCAGGAAAUCUACUCCGAUCUCAGUAAUCCUGACACCAUAAAGCUGUCAAAUAGCAUCAUCAAUGAGUGUUCUCGAGUUUACAAAAGACGUUUUCCAAAAUUCUCCCGCAUGUUCAUUCGGAAGUUCAGCAAGGGCUCCAUUGUGGUUGAUUCUGUCCUCGAGUUUGACUCCACGAAUGCCACUAGUCCCAAUGUGACAGAUGUGAAAGACACCCUUGUUACAGCUAUCACGAAUGGAAAUUUCAGCUUCAAUAUUAAUGACUCAUCCAUCAAUACUACUGCUAUCACAGAAACCAGUGCAGCAACAACAUCUGCAACAGUUACGAAUGAAACUGCAACUCCAGUUACGGAUCAAAAUGCAACUAUAGUUACGAAUGAAACUGCAACUCCAGUUGUGAAUCAAACUGCAACUAUAGUUACAAAUGAAACUGCAACUCCAGUUGUGAAUCAAACUGCAACUCCAGUUACGAAUGAAACUGCAACUCCAGUUAAGAAUGAAACUGCAACUCCAGUUACGAAUGAAACUGCAACUCCAGUUGUGAAUCAAACUGCAACUCCAGUUACGAAUGAAACUGCAACUCCAGUUAAGAAUGAAACUGCAACUCCAGUUACGAAUGAAACUGCAACUCCAGUUGUGAAUCAAACUGCAACUCCAGUUAAGAAUGAAACUGCAACUCCAGUUACGAAUGAAACUGCAACUCCAGUUGUGAAUCAAACUGCAACUCCAGUUACGAAUGAAACUGCAACUCCAGUUAAGAAUGAAACUGCAACUCCAGUUACGAAUGAAACUGCAACUCCAGUUACGAGUCAAACUGCAACUCCAGUGACGACAGUCUCCACACCUGCUAAAGUUGCACAGAUUAAUUUAGGCUUCAGUAUUGUUCAAGACUUCCAGGAAAUCUACUCCGAUCUCAGUAAUCCUGACACCAUAAAGCUGUCAAAUAGCAUCAUCAAUGAGUGUUCUCGAGUUUACAAAAGACGUUUUCCAAAAUUCUCCCGCAUGUUCAUUCGGAAGUUCAGCAAGGGCUCCAUUGUGGUUGAUUCUGUCCUCGAGUUUGACUCCACGAAUGCCACUAGUCCCAAUGUGACAGAUGUGAAAGACACCCUUGUUACAGCUAUCACGAAUGGAAAUUUCAGCUUCAAAAUUAAUGACUCAUCCAUCAAUACUACUGCUAUCACAGAAACCAGUGUGACUCCGACUGAAGCUGCAACAGUAUCUUCAGCAGCUGCUAACAAUACAGAAUACAAUAUAACCUUCAAACUGAAUGAUGACUUUAAACAGGAUCUUUUAAAUAUAUCAUCUGAAGCAGCCACAACGCUGGCAACAAACAUCACCUCUGAGCUUAAUGGAUUUUACAUUGGUUUUAAGAACUUCAAGCGCUCGUUGGUUUCGCGGUUCAGUUCUGGCUCUAUUGUGGUAGAUGGUCUACUUGGAUUUGACAAUAUUCUUGCUAAUAAUCCUACUUCGUCAGACCUGGCGAGGGGUCUUGCUGAAGCUGUCAGAAAUGGAACAGUCAAAUUAUCAGUUGAUCCAAAAACUAUCAGAGUUACAGAUUCCUUAGGAGUCACUGCUAACCGGUCUCCAGUCCUGGCUAGUAUGCUCACAGCUUUGUGGAUGACCCUCGCGUCGCUUCUUUUGUCAGCUGUGAUGCACUAAUCACAAAAUCAUGUACUGUGACAUCUUGGAUAUUUUUGGUCAAAUCACAGAGCAAAACGAGUCUAUAGCUGUAAUAUUUACUGGUCUGUUUUGCCACAUAUAGAGUCUGGUGAUACAAAAGCUAUGUGUGAGUUAUAUUUUUUUUAAAAAGGGCAUUUUUCCUCUGUUCACUGCUGGAGGAAUGAGGAUCGGUUGAAACCAAAUCUGAACAUUCCAUUCAAGUGGCAAUGUAUUAGUUAGCUGCUGAAGAUUUAUUUAAUUUUUUUGUAACCAACAUGUGCAAUGUAUUUAAUCUUUGAGUAAUAGUAAUGAAAAAAUGUUCUGAUAAAUCUGAACAUUCCUCUAUGCCACAGAAAUGGCACAAGUGAAAUGUCUAUAUUCUAAAGGUACUAAUGUGAUUCAGUACUGACAAUGUUUUUCUUCUUUUCAAUAAAAUAUAUCUACCAAUA